AUGGAAACCGAUCCUGGAUUCAUCGCGGCUGUUGAGGAGGCGAGAAAAGGCGCGGCCGAGGGUGGUGUGCCUAUCGGCGCGGCGCUGGUAAGCAAAGACGGCACUAUCCUUGGCCGUGGUCAUAAUAUGCGUGUGCAGAACGGGAGUGCGACAUUACACGCCGAAAUGUCGGCUCUCGAGAAUUCUGGCCGACUACCGGCCUCGGCUUACGCGGGCGCUACGAUGUACACCACACUAUCGCCCUGCGAUAUGUGCACUGGCGCCUGCAUCUUGUACAAGAUCAAGCGCGUGGUUAUCGGCGAGAACAAGAACUUCAUAGGCGGAGAGGAAUACUUGAAGAACCGCGGCAAGGAAGUGGUGGUCUUGGACCACGAGGAGUGCAAACAGAUGAUGGAGAAGUUUAUCAAAGAGAAGCCUGAGCUUUGGAAUGAGGAUAUCGGCGUCUAG